UGUGGCGCCAUUUUGAAUUCACAAUGAGAUUAUUUAUUCUUUAUUCCUCGUUUUGUACCCCCGUUUAACUUUUGCGUUUUGUGAUCAUUGACAGCUCGUUGAAACGUAACCUCACAAUAUUUAACCAGAAUAAACAAAAAUCGAUUUUUAUUUAAAAUAUUAAUAAAAUAGACCUACUGAACACAAUAAUUGUUGUUAUUGGAUACUGCAAAAGACAAAAAUAUAGAGGUAAGUAUUUAUUAUAAAUAAUUUUACGGAAUAUAUCGCUAAGAAGACCCAUCCAAGUCCUAACAACCGAGGAGAAUCCUGAUUUUACUUCUAAAAAUAAAAGUACAGACGCUUUGGCUCGUGGCCAAAAUAUCAACGGUACGUUUACAUUACCAACCUAUCACUACCGAUUUAUCGUAUCCCUAUAUACUCGCAUUCACACCUAUCUGAGAAAACUAGUUAGGCAAUAAAUGUAUGUAAGCAUAAGUAAGAGUGAUUCUGCUGGUAAAAAAUGGAACGUCGAUAUAAAAGGGGCAGCAGUCGUAGUGCGGGAGGGACCUCCAUGGGGAGUGACCACACUCCUCCUCAAGAUCCUAGAGAGAAAGUGAAAGAUUGUUGUAGGAAGAUUAUCGCUUUUAUGUGCACUCAGGUAGGUGUAGGAGCCCUAGUUUUUGGCUAUACACUUGUGGGAGCAGUCAGUUUCAUGCACAUUGAAAAGGGUGGAGAGAAUGUCAAACUGAAAGAAGUAACAAAGCUGAGAGGGGUAUAUUCACACAAGCUGUACCAGGUUGCAGAGAUGUGUAACAUUUUUGAGAAGAGGUUUGGCUUUAACAUGACGAAUAAGUAUUUGCCAACUAUAAUAAGAUUAUUGAAAGUACAUGGAUUUGAAGAUAGAUAUAACGACAUUGUCUACUGUAGACCUUUGAAAGUUACGCAACAGAAUAAUGCCAGUGUGUCUGUAUUUUUUGGUGGAGAUGUACAAGACUUCACAGAAAAUAUGCAAAGUCAUAGGGAUAACAAAAACUAUUUAAAAUGGAAUUUGGAAAACACUGCAAUAUUACUACGAUCGCAUUUUCCAGAUAGUCAUAUUAUUGUGGUAAAACCGUCUCGUAUGGAAUUCAAGACGUUUAGUUGUUACAAAAACUUUGUAAAAUGCAAUUCCUGCGGCGUGCCAGAACACUCUGAAAACUACAACAGUCUUAUGCAUCUACAAAAACUUUUAGACAAUAUCUGUGAUCAGUUAAAGUCUAUGUCUGAUGACGAUAUUGAAGCUGCCGAGGAGCUGUCCCGUAACGCUCUCGUAGAUUUGGAAGAAAGUUCUCUGUACACCACAAAGGAGAAUGAAGUUAGUUUGAAAGAUAAUAAAGAAGUUGCAGGAUAUGAAAGAACAACCGUGAAUUUUGAGAAUCUUGACCUGCGAUUGAUUGGUUUUAGCAAAGGGUGUGUGGUUCUUAAUCAAUUUCUACAUGAAUUAAAUCACUAUUCGGUUACAAUGUCUGCACUGGAGAAGCCAGAUUCAAUGUCAAGGAUAAAAGACAUGUAUUGGCUUGAUGGUGGACAUAAUGGAGGCAAAAAUACUUGGAUCACGGCUAAAGCGUUACUGGCUACAUUGGCAAUACUAAAAAUCAGAGUUCACGUCCACGUGUCUCCAUACCAAAUCAAAGAUGAACGACGGCCAUGGAUAGGUAAAGAGGAGAAAUCGUUCACAGAAACUGCCAAAGACGUCGGUGUUACUAUACUGAGAACCGUGCAUUUUGAGGAUUUACCGCCCACGCUGAAUGUACACUUUGAUAUAUUGAAGGUCUUCGCAAACAGCUGUUCAUCUUGAGCUAAAUGCACAGAAAAACUGAACUGAUUCGUCUAACUGCACUUCAACUAUUUCAAAACGUUCAGAUCCACUGGAUCUUUUCUAUCAUCCCGAUGGCGCUUGACUUGAGGUAAAAUGUUGGUAAACAAGAUUUUGAUUAACAUCUAGGGGUGCAGACUCGUGUGAUGAAAACGUCCCUAGAGUGAGGCGACAAUUUCAUAUGCGUUGCCAAAGUUUGGGUUAUCAUAUAUAGUCGAAAUCACGAAAGAUGACGAUUACGUCAUCAUUUUAAUCUGUUGCAAAGACUAACGACAGCGAUUUGUAGGAAUAAUUUUAAUGAAGUUUCAGAUAUGUUAGACAGAGACAAACAUAAUUUUACUGUCUAAACAAACUGUAUUGCUAAUUUGUAAGUAUCCGACAAAGAUAGGCGAUGUUUCGAUGAUCGAUCACAUUUGAAAGAUGAAUAGUUAGGUUAUGUUAUAGCAGGUUAGGUUGUUUUCGAAUAAUACUUUGGUCUUCCUGUCUUAAGGUAUUCUACUCAUAACUGUUUUUUUUCAAAACAAAAACUCCCCGCUAAAAUUAUUAAGGUAUCACUCAAAACCAUGAAAUAAAAAUAAUCAGUGAAAUAACCUAACUUCGCAAAAUCAUAAUAUAAAUUUGUUGCCAUUAUGUUCCUGACGUCGUGAUUCUAUCAUCGACGUACGUCCAUUGAUUACUUCGGUACAAUUUAUGAUAUGACGUAAUAGUCAUCAUUCGUGAUUUUGACUAUAUAUUAUAUUUUUCAUGAACCUUAAAUUUCCUGUUAUUAAGAGGCAAUAUGGACUUAAUCAUCUCGUAACAUUUUUUUCAUUGCAAAAAAUGUAUCGUCUUUGAUUUUACGCAUGUGCCAUAGGUGUAUGUAAUAAAACACAGUUUUAUAAAAA